UCGGCGUUCGGCACUUCGACACAGCUCUUGGGAUUCCUUCGAGAGUACGGUCUUCUAACCGGUACCGGUGUUAAUGGUAUUUGAUCAGUUUUUCUUUUUUGGAAACUAUUGGCAAGUGUUCUGGAAGUGUUUUUUGGCUCAUUCAGCUGAUCAGCUGAUGUGGUGAUAUUCCGGUGAAGUGUUGCUUGCGAUUGGAAAGCGAAAAACCAGUGCUACAAAAUUCAAUUGUUUUGUCGCAAGAAACCUUGCGAAAAGUUGAGUUUCGAAGGGUCUUAAAUCAGAUGACCCAGGUUAAUUUGUGAAAUAUUUUGGUGUAGAAGAAAUAAGUUGGAAAUUCAGUGCAUCUCUGAGUUGGUGUGUUGGAGUGAUUAACGAAAGUGCGAAACCGGUUACUGAAUCCUUUUUUCCUUUUGCGGAACAGAUCAAAAGGUCACUUGGAAGGAUAUUUUGGUUGUUUCAGUUGCAACGGACAGUUGCAGAUUUUUUUUAUCAUAUUUGGCCGAUUUUCUCCGCUCCAGUUUGGCUUCAAGGCGAGACAAAUUCCCUGCUGCAUCGAGCAAGCGGUUCGGUUAUUGCAAGUGAGGUACGUGUUGCUCACGUCAGAGUGCAGUCAAUUUUCCUCCAAAAAGCAGUAAAGCUUAGCCGACGGGCAAUCGGCGUACAUAAUCGUGCACCGUAAAACUAAAGAAAACAACAGCAACAAACAUCCAUCCACCAUCGAUUCUACGUCCCCGUUGCUGCGAAACGAAGUCGCCCUUACACGGUGUCCUUAUCUGUACCUUUAUUUCUGUUCCCGUGGUACACAGAAACGAUACGCGAAAUUUGAGGUAGAGACUACGUACGGUUUUCCUUUUUUGGACGUGUGCACUUCGUUACAUUCGAUCAUCGUGUAAUUGUUUUAUUUUGGGAGAUUGUGCCAUUUUUUCCCUUUGCUGGACUUCACUCAAUUAGAUCUGAGACCACUUGUGUGGUCUGGAAACAAAAGCUGAGCUGUUACGGUGGAUUGAGAAAUACGCUCAAUUGCUGAUUUCUACGGUGGAUUAAGCAUCGAAGUGAACAGUCCUACCGCGAAACAAGAGCCAGGCAAGCACGCACAUAGGACAAAACGAAAUGCUUUGGACGCUUUGAACAGCCAGGUCCCAACAUUGGCCCAGUGUCUCCAGUGAGUGGAUUGGCAAUCGCACGGAAAACCACCGGUAGACAAAAACUGGCGGAAAACCAAUCAAAUUGUAUACAAACAGCAAUGGUUUCAUUGCUUCGACAGAAAAAAUAAAAACCAAAAAAAAACUAGCAAAUCAACAAACAACGAAACAACUGUUGGACGGUAGCGAAAAAAAAUAAAAAACACACUAACGAAACGGAGCAUUCUAAUUAAAAACUUUGCACCGGGCAGCAAAAAAGAUUUCGCCCGUAAUUAGUGAUCCAAAUAAAAACGACGGACGAACCCCACGGGAGGGAAGUGAUUUGUAUGCAACAACUUCCGGAUUGGUUCAAAUGCACUUGAUGAUAAUAAUAACAACAACAAAAACGACAGCAGCUUCAGCAGCGCCAGUGGCGGCGGCACAACCAAUUCAGCAGCAAUAACUUGCAAUUAGUAGCGGAUAAGGAUUAAAAUAAGCACGUCGAUUGGAUCCAGUCAACCAGUCCCCCGGUGGAUUUAACGACAAAAUGACGAAAAACGCGGUGACAGUGAUAAUUGCCCUCUACCUUCUUCCCAGUUUAUAUCUCACCGUUUGCGCCCAGCAGCAACAACAGGAGCAGCUGGGUCGGUACAACACACUAGUGGACGCGGAAGCGCAAUCCGCUGCCACAGCCCAGGGAUUGAUUCCACACCAUGGUGAACAGAUCUCGGGCCGGCGCUUCAAGCGGAUGUACGCGUUGUGUCCUCCGCAGUUCUUCCGCAUCGGCAACGAAUGUUACUUCAUUUCCAAGAAUAAACAAAACUGGCUCGACGCACACUUCGAGUGCAAGGACCGAAACAGCAAACUGGCGGAACCGCUAAAGUACGAUGACAAAAACUUGCGCAAGUUUCUGCUCAUGACCAAGGAGAAAAACUACAUCUGGAUCGGCGGCAACUAUAACUGGCAAGCCAACAAAUGGCAGUGGGGUUACAACGGAAAGGAUAUCGCCUAUCAAUCCUUUAGCCAAAUGGUUCCAGGGGGCAGCCAGGAUCUGAAAUACCACUGUGCAGUGCUUAACCCUGACCUCAAAUUCAGAUGGUCGGCAAAGCUAUGCACAGAAAAACUUAACUUCAUCUGCCAACACAAGAUGCCGCUGGUUAGCGGACACAGCAAGUCCAAGGUGUACAACCGAUGGAACGCAACCUUCCCGAAUCAGAUGGCCAACGAGAUGGAGGUGGUGGUUGCGGAUCAACCUCGCACCAGCAAACAAAGGGACUAUUACAACACGGUCAGCAAUACCACGGUCAACCCAACUGCGUUGUACAACCGUUACCGAAAGAUGAAACACUCGAACCAAACACGUCGCAUUCGGCCUUCCCGUCGUCGCAACCCUCGCAAGAAGCUGCUGCAGAACGAGUACAUUAGCAACGAUUUGUUCCGUCGGCCGGUCGUUGAGUACGUUCAGGACAGCGAUAUAAACCAGCCCAAUGGUAAUGGUCACCGCAACGGUAACGGAGCGCCCAGCACCGCCCAGCGAAGAUUCACCGUCGAUAUUCACCGCCCACGAAACCACAAAAAGCACAACCGGCUGAAUAAUGAGGUCUUCACAGAGUACCGACCGCACCAGCAUCGUCAUCAUCUGGGUGAAACCUAUACGAAGCCAACUACAACAGAGGCAACGACGACAACCUUCACAACGACUACUACGACAACUGCAGCACCGGAAACUCGUCCAACCGAGGCUAUAAGAACUUCCUCCGCGGACGAGAGGAAAGCAAAGCGCGAUAGAGUUCGAGAACGAUUGGCCAAGCUCUCACUCGAAGAACGUGAAGAAUUCUUCCGCGAGCGAUCCAAGCGGAAGUUGACAAAGCGAGUGCGUUCUGGGAACGAAACCAUUCCGUAAACUCUGCCAAGCAGAUACAGUCUAGAAAACAAAACUCGACAUUAAUGUCGCUAUAGAAACGGAAUGGGGAGGAAACCAGGAUUCUCAACUAGAGGAGUGUCGAGAUUGACCAAUCUUACAAACCACAAGUUAUAAAAAUUAAAUAAAUAUAAGUGAGUUCCUAAGUCUGUCUCCGUAAACUCGGUCGAAUUCAUAGUUUUCUUCCGAUCAAUCGAAAUCUAAACAGAGCACACCAACACAUAUCCUUUCUUUUUAUUAUUCUAGAAUACAAAAACAAAACGGUACCCUUCCUAACAACAUAAUUUUAGACUAAGAGACUCUUGUUCCAUGUGACGCUUUUGUUUGUUUAUUUAACACCUUUUUAACUACGCAUAGAAGACGUAGCAUGUUAUGUAUUGAACUCAACUCUAAUGUAAAAAAUCAUCAUUGUCAAAAUCAUAAGUAUAGUAUUGAUUUCAUCUAAUUUUCCACUACUACUUUCCCACUUAAAUAAAAUGUUGCUAUAAAAUUUAGUUUUUACGAAGAGAAUUGUAAGAACAAAAACAAUCGCACCAAUAGUCAUUAUUUGCUAAGUUCAAAUUAUACAAAAAUUAUUGAAAGGAGUAAGUUUUCGUCAAAUAGAACAAAGAAAUAUUAGAAAUCAUGCAAACAAUUCAACUUACAAUAAAAACUUACAAAGAGAAAGAGGUAAAUCUUUCCGGUAGAUUGCAAGGCAAGCCAAGCAGUAGUUCGAUAAGGCACUUUACUCACUUUGAACCAGUGCAAACAAACACUUGACAUACAAACACGGAAAUUUAAAAUCAUCAUUUUCUCCACUAUUAGAAUCGUACUACAAAGCAUUUCGAAAAAAGCAAAACAAAACAAAAAAGUAAAUCGCAAAGCAAAUCUAUACAUAUAUUAACAUUUUGCCAUAUUAACCUUAAGUUUCAAACACGGGUGCAAACCGUAUAGGAGCUACAUUAUGAUGAAAAAACUGCUGUUGAUAAAAAAAAAACUAUUAGUAGUAAAAAGCAAAAAAGAAAAAAUAAGCAAACUCGAAUCCCGAGAAGGAAGUUAAAAUUUGUUGCAAAUUUUCCUCAGAUUAUAAACUUAUUCAAGUUUGCUACCCAAAACGAGCAAUCCCUACACUGACCCAUCAUGUAAAGAAAUGGCAAACAACGUAGCUAAGUAACAAGGAGGAAGGUUAGGAGGAAGGUCGAAGUCAGACUGACCAUUUGCUAGCUGUCGCUUGGCAAGAAAGAAAGAAGCACAGAUAAUUGCAAUGUGAAAAGAAACUGUUUAGGCGAUUGAAAGAGAGAUGUUUAAGGCAGAGUAGGUAAGUAUGUAAGAGAGAAGCGUAUUUAAAUAAAGUCUUUAGCGAGAGCUUGGGUGUGUUUUGAUACGUUCUACGCGGAAGC